AAGCAUAUAAAAUUAUAAAAUACUAAAAUACCAUCUCAAACGGAUUCCAAUUGCGCUCACAACUAGAAGAGGUAGUUGUCAAACUCAAAAUCCGUAUAGCCAUCUUCUGGAGGUUUGGAGUGCUACUCCCAUGUUGCUUCCACCAUUGGGCUGCAAUAUGUAUGCAACCUUUAUAAUUAAUUUAGGUAUUUAACAUUAUCAGAAAGUUGAAACUUGAAAGAAAAUUAUAAUUUAUAAAACAAAAGUCAAAAGUAUAUUACCUGGUUCGUCUUUGUUUCUCUGUCUUAAUGCCAUAUCUUUUCCAAAUGACAUCAAAGAAAACUUGUACAAAUAAGUUCUUCAGUUGAUAUCUUAUCUUGGAUAUGUGGAUCGAGAACUAAUUUCUCAAGACACUCAUUAAAAUCUUCCAUGAUUAUUCCUUUUGACUCAAUAUGCGCAUUUGAUAAAAGAAUUUGGGGUUCAAGUAGAAUUCCGCUGCAUGCAAUGGUCUAUGGAGCUGCUUAUCCCAUUUGUCAUCUAUAAUCUCCCAAAUUGGAUCGUAUUUGGCUGCAUUAUUCCCCAAAUUCUCUGUAAUCUCAUUCUUAAACCUUUCCAUUGCAUCAUAUAUAAAGCCCAUGAAGGGCUUAUCAACAUCAACCAAGAGCAAGCCUUCACCAAGGGAAGAAAUACUAAUAUUGCAUGCUUCACUCCAUGCCAAAAAUAUUUUGACAGAACAAUAUCCCGUGCCUUCUUUCCCUUGACAUCUCUAGACUACUUACACCUACUCCAUUUCUCUAAAGCAAACAUAGAUCUUUAUGCGAUCGUCCUCUUAUACAUGUUCUGUAGACUUAGGUAGGCAGUGGCAAUUCUAGUGACCCCAGACUUUACUAGCUCUCUCUGCUUUGUAAACUUGCGCACUGUGCUAAGGGUAAGUAUGUGAGUGUAUAUGAAGAUUGUGACCGCCUUAGCCUUAAAAAGAAUUCUUUUAAUAGUAGGCAAAUCACCAAUAGCCUCAAGCAUAAGACCUACGCAAUGUGCCGCGCAAGGAGUUCAAAAUAUGCGAGGCCUCUUCUGUUGAAGCAAAUGACCUGUAGCUAGAUUGGGAGCAGCAUUAUUUUUGACUGCUUGAAUGUACAAGUUCCUCCCCAACCUUCUCAAUGCCCUUAUCGACGAAAGAAAAUAUAUAAUAAACAUCAUGAAUAUAAUUGGAAGCAUCAAUUGAUCACAAAAAAACUGUACCCAAGGGACAAUUAUUAACAAAUUCAUGUUACUCCUCCUUCUCCUAUCACUCAACAUGUCUGUCAUUAACGAAACCCCAAGUUUAGCCCAUCCCUCUCUAUGGGUCUUGAGAUAUUCGUUAGUAUACUCAAAUUUUUUUUUUUUCAGUAGUGGCUCUCCAAUCUCAUAAGGAGUCGGAGCUUUCAAACCUGACCCAAAUUGCCCAAUUACUUCCAACAUUGUAUGGAAGCUAUUCAAGCGAGUAGUGUUAAAAGAAAUAUUCGCAUGGUAAAAUCAUCGAGCAAUAUACUUAAUCACCCGGCCUCUAUCUUCCGUCUUAAAUUUAUUUUCAAUUGUCACUUGUUUUUUCCCCUUACCUCCCUUACCUUUUUCAAUUACUGUCUCAGGGCUAGGUGUAAAAAAAACUAUCUAUAGGCCCUCUCAUACGAAGCUUCUUAGAUCCAAAAGCCCUCUUGCUCUUAGAGUUGUGUACCAACCAUGGCUACCUCUUCUUCCCUGUCUUCAUCCUCUUCUUUAAUGUCAAUAUUAUCAUAAAAAACAUGGACCCCUGACUUUAAUUAUUCUAUAUUCUUUUUUUUUGAAUUUUUUUUACUCUUUUCAUCUUCAAUGUAUUUAGAAAUUUCUUUAUUUACUAGCUCUGAGACUUUCUUACAGGGGGCAACAUCACCUCUAAUACCGACAAGAUGUUUCUUAAAUCUAUUUAUGUCGGCAUUAGAAGCAUAGCCACAGAAAUUGCACAUAAUUUUAUUCCCAUCAUUCUUAUCCGGGUUAUCAUAAUAUUUCCAUCCCGGAUCUACACCCCUAGUAGACCCCGCAGAAGACAUCUCAAAUUGAAAAAAUAAAACUCAAAUAAAGAUUACAAACUGACAUUUUCUGUGCAAUCUCUGAUCUUCGAUGUUGGUUACUUCAAUCGGGCUAUUAAUAAAAUCAAAAGUCUUCUAUUGCCACCAAUAGCACCCUAAAAAUAAUUUCAAUGAGAAAAGAAAACUUUUUCAAUCCACAAAAAGUUCUUUCAAUUCUCAGAAAUUACUUUAGAUUCUCAAGAAUAAGUUUAGAGAUUGAGUUUUUUUUUUUUCUUCACUUUGGAGGUUAAAAAUAAACGUCAUAAUGUUUUUAUACAAAUUUGGCGGUCAAAAUGAUCCCUUUUGCCCUUUUGAGUGAUUUUAAAAAUCGAAAAAGGCCUUACGGCCUUGGGCGCCCCCCUAACCUGCCCAAGUAUAACCACCAAUGUAGGGCCGCCUAGGUUGUGCAGUUUUUUUGUUUAGGCCGCCUUGGCGCUGGGCAGACCGUUUUUUAAAACAUUGAGAGAGCUACAUUAGUUCUUUAUUUCGUGGGUUGAAAUGGGAGACACAAAAUUUCAGUUUACAGUUUGGAAUCUGUCACUUUUAUUUUUUUUUAAUUGUGGUUGGAAUUCCUCUGUUUAUUCUAUGGUUUUUGGUGAUGUUCGAUACAUAGCAAAGCUGAGAAUGUUCCUAUAUAAUCUGAUUUAUUUCCUUGAUUCAUAAUGAAUUGAAUGAAAAUUUUCUUCAAAAAUGGAAUAGAUGGUCCUCAUUUCUUCAAAUGGAAUGGAUAAAAAUUUUCUUACACUUCCUCUCUCCUUUAUCCUUUUUCUUCCAUCCUCUUUCUGUCUCAAACCUUUUCUUCAUUUGAUCGAGAGAAAAGGCUAAGAAAGGGCAAAGUCUGCAAGAAGAACAAUUAUAGAGAGAAAAGGUUUAUUGUUUUGGACUUUUCAUAGAAAGAAAGAACUGGGAUCAAUUUUGAUUUUAUGAGUAAGAACUGGGAUCAAUUUUGAUUUUAUGGGUUUUUUCGAUUGGUUGAAGAGUUGGUUACAGUGAGAAAGAUCUUGCUUAUCAAUAUAUCCUGGUGUGGCAGUAAUAUGUUGUUUUUCUCUCGAGGACUUAGUUGAUUGUAGAUUGAUGGGUGAUUUUGUGGCAGUAGAGAGAGAAAUUCAACAACUUGUUUACUUUUACAUGAAGAGAACUGUUGUUGUAGGGGAGGGUUAGACAGAAAUUCAAGACCUUUUAAAUAGAUGAUUGAAGAGAAGUGUGUUGGAGUUUAGAAAGACUAAGGUUGAUUUGCUGAUUUGAAGAUGAGAUCUUAGAGAUUUUUUUUCUCUUUUUAAGGUUGUACAAAAAAAAAAAAAAAAAAAAAAAACAAGAAAGGAGAGCAAGCGUUAAGAGGCAAAGAAGACAUUAUGAGGGUCUCUCUUCUUACCCACUAAUGGAGGAUCUCUCUCUCACUUUCAACAACCUACCUCUCCAAAAAGUUUAGAGAAUGUUCCUGUAUUGCAUGUUUGUAUGUUCAUCUCUGCUUCCAUACUGUCCUUUGCUAUCUUUUGUUAUAUCUGGAUCAUUAUUUUGCUUGAAUUUGGGUUUGAAUGGCUGAAAUCCUAGAAAGCUUGCUUCAAAUCAACUUGAAAGUCCAUUGUUUGCCUAGAGUUCACCCAACAUAUGGUAGUUGCUUGACUUAUGUUCAUUUGAUCCAUAAGAGCUUAGAAGUGUCAAGUGUAUCUGAUAGUAUGGCUAGACUUAUUCGAAUUAUGUCAUUUGGCCAUGUUAUAAAUCAGUGGUAUGUUACAACAAUACUAUGGGUUGACGUGCUUUUGCUGCAUUCAAUUUAUGAAGAACGAAUUUGUUAGUAUUUUUUCUCUGUUCAUGGGUAAGGGAGCUAACAUAACAUUUAGGAAUGAAAGUGGUGUGGGUUCCGAAUGCUAGAUUCACACUUUUAUGAAGCUCCAAGAACAAAAGUAUUCCUUGAAUCUAUUUACAAGCUUGGAAUUGUAUUGGAUGAAUGGAAGGGACCUUAUUUAAUUACAAAAUGUUAUUAAAAGAUUGCAAUUUGCACAUGUCAUUGAAAUACAUAAUUAACAGUAUUACAGGCAGUUUCUAGCUUUGCCAUUGCCAAACAGGUGAAAACCAACGUGAAGACUAGAUGAAGAAGAAGACCAGCGCGGUGCCACCCCCUAUGAACAGGUGGAUCCGCAAAUCCAUGGCUGACCCUCCCUUGCCACCUGAUCCCCCUUUCUGCCGCGCCCCACGCCGCUCAUCCACUAGCAGCUAUGGCAGCGCUGUUGGCGGGUCCCAAGACCCUUCCCAUUUGUCAAUGACCUAUCGUACCAAGCUGCUGCCCUCCGCUCCCUCAAUGACUAUCUUUCUCCUCACCGCUCCCCCUUAAGACACUGAGCCUCUGCCCGCGAAAUUACCAACACCUUUCGUUUCCUCUCCAGUUGCCUUGACUUCAAUAUCUCUCAUCUUGACCAAGACCUCCUCCCUCUCCUCCACCACCUUGGAUGCUCCCUCAAACUAAGCAAGAGCAAUUUAAAAGCACCUGCUUCCCCUCACUUGUGGCCUGUUCGCCUUUGCUCUAUGCACUGGCUUGUCCAGGCCAUCAAAUACAAGGACCACAUCUCCUCGAACUCACAUGGCCUCAAUUAGCUCCUCGUCUACAUUGCACUUAGCUAUGACCACUUCAUGAAGGGAGAUGAGGUUGCAGUCAAUGCACUGGACAAAGAGUACUUAAGGAAAGUUGAGCAGGAAAGCGUGAGUGCGAUGGCUCUGGUGCGCGAGCGUAAGCGCGAGCUGGAGGAGGCGGAGGGGCAGAUAGCUGCUCUACGAUCCAGGCCUUAAAAAAUAGAGUUAGAGAGAGAAAAGGCGUCGUUUAGGGGAGAUGUGAAUAAGUUUGAGACAUAUGUGGAGAGCUAUUUGGAGAAGAUUGCGGCACUGGAGAAGGGGAUUGAGGAGAGGAGAGAGAAGUUGAGAGAGGUGGAGGGGGAAAGCAGGAGAGUGAGGGAGGAGAAUGAGGGGCUGAGGAGAGAUGUGGAGAGUCAGGCAAUGAGUGUGAGGGACGUGGAGCAAAUGAGGAGGGAGCUGCAGGCAGUGGAGAGGGACAUUGCGGAGGCAGAGUUGGCCAGGGGGUCGUGGGAGGAUAAGGUGUGGGACAUGGAGAAAGAGAUAGAGAAGGUGGUUAAGGAGAUGAUUGGAUUGGUUGGGGACUGUAACGAGGCCAUUGAAAGGUUAAAGAUUGGAAAUGAUUUGAAGUUCAAGCUUAAUAGUAGUGGAUCAUCACUUGCUGAGGUUUUGGGCAUUGAUUACAAAUCAAUACUGAAACCUGCACUAAUAGUAUUUGGUGAUGACUCCAAGAAAAAUGGCAAGAAGAAGUAUGAAGAGUUUGUUGCCCUCCAGAAACAGUUGCAUGAGAAAUUUUUACAACAAGAUGCAAUGAAAAGUGACAAUGCCAUUCGUCUAGCAAAGAUAGAAGAGUCUGAGGCUAAGCAGGAGAUGUUAAGGCGAGAGACUCAAGAAUACACUGUUCACUGUGCAGAAGAAGGUAAAAGGCUCCAAAAUGAUAUUGAGGAUAAAUCACAUCAAUUGGAUGUGAAAAAAGUGGAGGCUGAAGGGUUUCUGAAGAAGUCUAAAUUACAGUUAAGGGCUGUGAGGAAGAGAUAUGAAGAAGAAAUCCAGAUAUGUGGCGGCGAGCCCCUUCAACUGGUUGACUCUAUCUCAAAGCACAAGGAGAAGAUGGAGUUGACAUUCUCAGAGACGAUGGGGGCCGUAAAUAAAACGACAAAUGAGAUUGUAGAUUCCCACAAGGCCUCCUGGUUGACAAGAUGGGGAAACUAGGGGUCCCCUGUAUGGGCUCGUGAUGAGAAGUGCUCUCUAUCUCUCCUAUGUAUGAAUGACCAGAUUUGUCAUCUGAUUAAAAAAAAACAGAAAAGGACUUGGCACUUUGGGAUCUGGGGACUUGUUGGUUCGAGUGUUGAGGGAAACAGCACAAAUUGCAUGGUUCGAAUCCCUCUGCUAACCAAAAAAAGACAACUUGGGGCUUGAUUCUUUCACUGUGCAGUUGACACUCAGUGGUUCCCACAAAAUGUUAUUUUAUGCAGUACAUGAUGAUGACUUUAUGUCAUGCAUCCAAGUAAAGGGGGAUUUGAAUCGACUUCUCAUGUGUGCUCGCAAAUAUUUUGAGUUUUGGUACUCAUUUGGUUUCGUCAUGUUUUGCAUGUAAAUGCCUGCAUGUCCGGAUAAAUAUUUUUUGUUUUAAUGAUAUUUGUGAUCCAAGGAUUAAAAACC